UGUUUGUGUUAUUUCAGUCAGGUACAUCAUUGAGUAGUUUAAUGUCCACAAAUGAGAAGCCGCCAGAAGUGAAGCUGGAGACUGCUUUAAGCCUGAUUGAUUUUGAUACUGAUUUUGAACCUCCUGCUCCAUCUGUUUCAAUACAAGCACCAGAAUCAACCGCUCCUCAGCCUACUCCACAGCCUGCAACUUCAACUAAUGAUAACUGGGCAUCUUUCGAUGCUGCACCCAGUGCCCCUAGUUUAAUUGUGUCGCAACCACCACCCAGUGGAAACACACUGGAUUCACUUCUCUCCCAGUUGGCAGUGCCUUCUUCUGUGCCAGGUCAGACGUCUACACCAUCUAGCGGACCUGGGCAUCUUGGUCAUUCCACGUCACAAAUCUUUGCACCAUUUCCGAAUGAACAUUCAAGUGAACAGCCAUGGAACACAGCCUUUGCAUCUAAUGUGCAAAGAUCAAUGAGUGCACCGUCACUGCAACCUCUUCAAGGAGUCCCUUCUGGUGGCCUGCAGUCUUCUGAGGUUAAACCUUCCGGAAGAAACGAAUUACCAGCGGAUUUAUUCGCUGUAAACUACCCAUCAUACCAUGCAGCAGUACCUGGGUGGCAAGCUGGUCCACCUUAUGGUAUGCGCUAUGGAAUGCAGCAGUAUAAUAACCCCGUGCCUUACCAGAACGUCCCGCAGCCAGUCAAGUCAAUGAACCCUUUUGACUUCAGCACUGGGCCGCCAUCACAAACACAAACGGAAAAUCAAUUCCCUUCCAUGGCUCCUCUCCAAGGUGCAUUACCUCCUUCAGGCAUGAUGCCUUCUCAAGGAGUACACAAUCAUUUCAAUAUACCUUCUCAAGUCUCAGCCCAUCCAUCUGCAAUGCCACCAAGAUACAUGUCUCCUCCAUUACCAGGAAGCAUGCCACCUAGCAAUGUAAGCCCAGUCGGCGACAUGAACGCUUCAUAUGAUGCUCAACAAACAUAUCAAAAUUUUGGAAGCUCGUUUGCUGCUGCAGUUCCUUUGAACCCACCUUCUUUCCAAUCAGGAGGAAACCCGUUUGGGUAAGAAAAAGCGAGAAUAUUAGCUCGAGAGAGCUAUGUUAUGCUUGAGGAUAGUGUUUGUGUUCUAAGGUGUAGUAUAAGGUAUCAAAUUGAAUACAAACAUGGGUUAAAAAUAGGCUGAACGAAGGAAGGUACGAGCCAUGAUCACGAAGAAAGAAUUGGGUUUGUGAGUGUUAGAUGAUUUUUUAUAAGCAUCAAAAUGUUUUGAAAUAGGUUUGAUAUUUAUUCUUUGGUGUUUCUAUAUUUCAUUUCACUUGUGAUGUUGUUUUAUUGUAAUAAACUUGAGGGUGGUAACUGGUAAGUCUUUCAACUCUUUUUAUUUUUUGGGGCUAUUUGUCGUUUAGAAAGUUCGUCAGGCUCCUCCUUUGUGUUGUACUGAUUUUUUAAAAGGGUUUACACGUUGACCAUAAAGUCUUGUCAAAAUUGAACAUUGGCAAUUUAGAAAUUGCUUUUGUGAGGCUUUUAA